AAGAAUGACCAUCUAUGACGCACUGGUGAUGAUGAUAUGUCUACUGAUUUGCAAACAAUUAGAAGAGCAUCGACCUCAUGCCAGGCACACCAGUCAAUAAAUCGAUUUCUACGCAGAUGCACAAUCUGGGUCAUCGUGAAGCAGUAUCUUGAUCAGGAGGACACGCUUUUGCCUUUUUAGGAGACGCUUUUGUGACACUGUGGUGAAUGCGUUCACACACAGGAUGCAUUUUUUGGUGGAAGUUGAGG